AUGUCGCUGAGCCCAGCGAUCGAGGAUCCGUCUAGUGAUUAUCUCUCAGCUGGAUUACAUCCGGAUGCGGAAUGGAAGAAAAUUCAACAGAAUACUUUCACACGAUGGGAGACAGACUUUGAAGAGGGUUUGAAGUUGAUUCGAUUGGUUGAAGUAUUGUCGGGUAAAUCGUUAGGUCGUUUCAAUAAACGUGUUACAUUCCGAUCACAGAAACUUGAAAAUAUUUCACUUGCAUUGAAUUUCUUGGAGAAUGAGGAGCACAUCAAAAUCGUUAGUAUCGACAGUUCGGCAAUAGUGGAUAAGAAUCUGAAACUAAUUCUGGGUUUGGUGUGGACGUUGAUUCUUCAUUAUUCAAUAUCGAAAGCUGAAUGGGACUUGCCAUAUGAUCCAAACCAAGAACGUCUAGCAGAACAACAGCCAGAACGAACACCAAAGCAGAAAUUGAUGAUGUGGAUCAAAGCUAAAUUGCCGCCUGGUCUACCACUCAAUAAUUUCACUUCAGAUUGGAACGAUGGUGUGCUACUGGGUGCAUUGGUCGACUCAUGUGCACCUGAGCUUCAUAUCGGCUGGCGUGACUGGAUCCCAUCAGAAGCACUGCAAUCCACAAAAACAGCUAUGCAUCUAGCAGAUGAAUAUCUCGAUGUUGCUCCCGUUAGUACAAUUGUGUUUGCGCAUCUUAUCGUUGAAUUAGUCAAAUUCCAUUUUUAUAUUACUUUUUCCAUCAUUAGUGAUCGUUCACUUAUUCCGUUGUAA